GCCGAUUGAUAGAUGGCAUGGUCGUAAGCACGGUGCAUCGUUGCUAACAAAGAGCGUGGAAUUCCACAUCUACAUGUAAAUGACGGUUGUUGUACGAAGAGUGAGUAAGUUGUAAGAAAAUUUGGAAGGAAGAAGUGAAAGGCGAUGGAGGCGACAUGUUCCUACGAGAUGUCUACUAAUAUUCAGCGGACUACACGGCAUUGUAUCCCAACUGGUAGAACUGUUCUGACCACCGAUGUGAGAACUGCAAAUUCUAGAUUGGCUUUUGCUUAAGUCAUUUACAAUAGCCUUAAUCCGGAGACUAGAAGAGAGGAUAGGAUACAGAGAAAGUUUGCAAGUGCAGAUAUUCCACUCUACAUUUCAUUGAAAAGAAGUCUGAGCUCAAGGUCUGGGGUCAAGUAACUGAAAUCGCAGUGUAUCCAAAUGCAUAGUGAAUGUACAUAUUGUUCCCUCUUAGAAGCAACUUGGUCACAUAAUCCAACUCACAUCCUGGUACACACAUCAGAACUUUGUGGCUAUAUCACUAGGGUUCUUAUAAGCCACUUUCUGAUACAACAGACAGCCCAUCAUGUGUGAUGAUCAAGUUUCUGGCUUACAACAAAACACUCAGUCUGUUGCACCAAGAAUGUCAAAAAUUAUAAUACAGAGAGCUGAGGAAAUGUUUCCUGCUUUAAAAGAUACAAUGAAAGAUGAACCACAUUCACAUAGUGAGGCACAUCCUUCAUAUUCUCAUGACAGAGAUCAGGCUGUCAACAUAAAAGUCGAGGAAUUCUCAGAUAUGGAAGAUAGGGAGGAUCCUGUACCAAUGACAGUCGUAGGGAUGAGAGCUGAACAUGAGAACCGUUUGAUUUCACAGAAAGCUGUACCAGGCUCGCUUAGUGAGGCAUGUUCAUCAUCAUCUCACAGUGUUCAGGCUGUUAACAUAAAAGUUGAAGUCUCAGAUGUGGAAGAUGAGGAGGAUCCUGCACCAAUGACAUUUAUGGAAGUAAAAUUUGAACAUGAGGACUCCUUGGAUUCACAGAAAGAUGAACCAGCCUCACAUAGUGAGACACGUGCAUCAUUAUCUCACGAUGGUGUUCAGCCUGUCAACAUAAAAGUCGAGGAAGACUCAGAUGUGGACGAUGAGGAUCCUGAGCCAAUGACGUUUAUGGAAGUAAAACUUGAAGACGGGGGCUGCAUGGAUUCACAGAAAUAUAUCCCAGGUUCGUCUCUUGAGACACGUCCAGCAUAUUAUGAUGCAGAUCAUUCCAUAAAUAUGAAAGUUGAGGAGGUCUCAGAUGUAGAAGAGGAAGAGGAUCCAUUGCAAAUAUCAUUUCCAGGAACAGAGGCCGAACAUGCCAGUUCUGCAAGUGAACAUCGACUCAUACAUGAUGAGUCUCCAUUUUCCUGUAAUGUGUGUAAUAAGUCAUUUAAUCAGCUUGGUUAUUUGAAAGAACAUCAACGUGAACAUAGUGGGGAAAGGCGAUUUUCGUGUGAUGUGUGUAAUAAAUCGUUCAGUAGACAGGGUCAUUUGAAGGAACAUCAGCGCAUACAUAGUGGGGAGCGGCCAUAUUCCUGUCAAGUGUGUAAUAAGUCGUUUAGUCAGCGCAAUCAUCUGAAGGGACAUGAACGCAUACAUAGUGGGGAGCGGCCAUUUUCAUGUGAAGUUUGUAAUAAGUCAUUUAGUAGGCUCAGCCACUUGAAGGAACAUCAGUACACACAUAGUGGGGAGCGGGCAUUUCCCUGUAAUGUGUGUCAUAAAUCAUAUACCACCAACAAUGUGCUGAAGGUACAUCAGCGCAUACAUAGUUCAUUUCGGCCAUUUUCAUGUGCUGUGUGUAAUAAGUCUUAUCUGUCUAAGAGUCAACUGAGGGUACAUCUACGGACACAUAGUGGGGAGCGACCAUUUUCCUGUCAUCUGUGUAAUAAAUCAUAUACCUGCAGUAGUGAGCUGAAGAUACAUCAACGCAAGCAUACUGGGGAGCAGCCUUAUUUCUGUGAUAUGUGUAAUAAAUCAUUUCGUAGGAACAGUCACUUGAAGGUACAUCAACAGCGCAUUCAUAGAGGGGAGCAGCCAUUUUCCUGUGAUGUGUGUAAUAAAUCAUUUAGUGGACAUGCUCAUCUAAGGGACCAUCAACGCAUACACAGUGGAGAGCGGCCGUUUUCCUGUGCUCUUUGUAAUAAGUCAUUUACCUAUAAGUGUGUUCUGAAGAAUCAUCUACGUGUGUGCAGUGGGUCGCAGCCACUUUCCUCUGAUCUGUGCAAGGAAUUAUACACCCAGCACAAUCAUGUGAACAUACAGCAGGGCACAAUGUAAAAUAAUUCACAUGUAACAUUAUCAUUCUUCAACUGUGUAUGGCAGAAUGACCAAUACGAAAAGCUGGGAAGGCCUGAUUAGGGAUUAAAAUGCAGAAAAUAGUAUGUAAGCUAGAUGUGGUUAUUAAGGGGAAUUGUGUCAUCACACAUUGCCGGUUUGGAUGUUUCCUUGUGAUAUUUGUAAUAAAUUAUUUGCUUAGCAGACUGCACAGAGAAUGCUGGGAGCUGGCAAUUUUCAUGUUG